AUGGAGAAAUGUCCUGCAAAUUCGAUUACGAAGCAACUUCCUGUCACUGGAAAUUUAUUUGGUGAUUACGCUUCAGUGUUUGACGCAAUUUCCAUGAUACAAAUCGAAGCUGAGGAUAAUGCUUAUAAAGGGAAGCUUUGCGCAAUGUUCUAUGCUACCAUUAAGGAGAUGGAAGUCUGCUUGGAUCAUUGUGCGCUUGUUGAGUUGUGCUGUCAUAAUCCUUGUAUCAAUCACGGUGGUUGGCGUGCUUACGAUGAUGCUGUAUCGGUCACAAGUUCCUUUGUCAGCCGUUGUUUUGCAAAAUAA